AUGGCGGCUGCUACGUCUAUAACGCGAUUUUCACGUCAUAUUGCUUCCAUCAAGCAACGUUUAACUCCGGCUGCAAUAUCAGUUUUGCAAAGUCGGUCACUAAACUUGCAAGAAUAUCAGAGUAAAGGUUUAAUGAGAGAUCACAUGGUUAAUGUACAACCAUUUGAGAUUGCUUCUACUCCGGAUGAAGCAAUUGCAUUAGCUAAAAAAAUGAACGUUGAUGAGUUUGUUAUCAAGGCACAGAUUUUAGCAGGUGGACGUGGUAAAGGCCAUUUCACUAGCGGCUUAAAAAAAGGCGUCCAUUUAACCAAGGAUGUUGAAGAAAUUGGCAAUCUUGCUUCCCAAAUGUUAGGAUACCGUUUAAUAACUAAGCAAACACCUGGUGAAGGUGUUCCUGUUAAGAAGUUGAUGAUUGCUGAAGCUUUGGAUAUCUCAAAAGAGACAUACUUUGCGAUCGUCAUGGAUAGACAUUAUAAUGGACCCGUUAUCGUUGCUAGUCCAGCUGGAGGUGUUGAUAUCGAGGAAGUUGCCGCUAACUCUCCAGAGUUAAUAUACAAGGUUCCUAUUGAUAUAGUGGAUGGUAUCAAUGAUCAGCAAGCUUUGGAAUUAGCAAAGAAUCUUAAAUUUAGUGAUAGCAAAGUGAAUGAGGCAGCGGAACAAAUUAAACGAUUAUAUAAUUUGUUUUUGUCCGUUGAUGCUUCACAAGUUGAAAUAAAUCCAUUUGGAGAGACUACUGACGGAAGGGUGGUAUGCUUCGAUGCCAAAAUAAACUUUGAUGACAGCGCCAAAUAUCGCCAAAAGGAUGUAUUUGCAAUGGAAGAUCUUUCCGAGAGUGAUGCACGAGAAAUUGCAGCAGCAAAAUCGAAUCUUAACUAUAUCGGUUUAGAUGGAAAUAUCGCAUGCUUAGUUAAUGGAGCUGGACUUGCUAUGGCAACUAUGGAUAUUGUUAAAUUGCAUGGUGGAGAACCUGCCAACUUUUUAGACGUUGGUGGUGGAGUCACCGAACAACAAGUUUAUGACGCUUUCAAUCUUGUUAGCUCUGACAAAGCUGUUAAAUCAAUCUUAGUGAAUAUUUUCGGUGGUAUUGUCAACUGUGCAACAAUUGCUAAUGGAAUUACUAAAGCAGCGCGUGGAAUGAACCUCAACUUACCCGUUAUUGCUCGUUUGGAAGGCACUAAUGUUGAUGAAGCAAGAAAAAUAUUGCUUGAAAGUGGUCUUAAUAUUACACCCGCUGAUGACUUUGAAGAUGCAGCAAAGAAAGCCGUAGCUAGCAUUCAAUAA